GGCAGAGAAGGUGGUUUGUGCUGUAUGAUGAUGGAGAACUGGCCUAUUCUGUGGAUGAACAUCCUGAAACAGUACCUCAAGCCAUUAUUGACAUGAACUGUGUUCUAGAAGUAUCUGAUGCUGAAAAUUUGACUGGUAAUCCUUAUGCAAUAGCGGUUACUUGUCCGGACAAAGUUCACUUCAUCAAAGGCAUGAGCAAAGAUGAAUCAAAAAAAUGGUUCGAAGUUUUAUCAAAGUUUCCUCGAAAUACAGUCUGUGGCAAAUACAAACGUAAUGCAACAUUUCCUUGUAUAAAAACAACUCUACCAAAAUUAGACAGUUCAGUUUCAAGUAUAUCCAGCAGAAGGGAUACAGUUGAAAUUUCUAAUUACUCCAAACACAAUGGAUAUGUAAAUAGCUUAAAUAGAACUAGCAGAAACCAAAGUAUCUCAAGUAUUCCUUUUGAUCCAGAUGAUGACGUUUACCCCACAAAAGAUACCAACACUUACAUCAAACCAAAAUCACCUCAAACCGAAUUACCUCAAACUCAUGAAGAUAAGAAAAUUGAAGAAAAUGGGCAAAAGGAAUCUUGUACAGUCAGAAACACAAUUCAGGAAAAGGUAUCAAUGAAGACAGAGGAAUACAAAAGUUACAUAAAGGAAGAAAGAGAGGGAAGAAAGCAACACAGUAGGUCGGAUGUAACAAAAAUGAUACCGUCAAACCUUGACGAUAAAAUAAGCUCUAAGUCAGAUUGGAAAAAAGUUUCAUUAGAUCUCGAAAGUGCUGAUUGUUUGGGGAAAAGUUUCCAUAAUCCAGUUUAUUUGUUGAUGUCUGAUGUACCAUCUGGAAAGAAAAUUGACUCAUAUGAAAAUUUUUUUAACAAAGAUAAACCAAGGCUACUGAGGAGGCAGUCUAGUUUUGGAAAAAAAAGUGAUCUUCAUAAACAGAUGCUGCAGUGGUCUGAAAAUGGAAAUGGAGAAUUCAAGAACCGAACUAUUCACAAAUCCGCUUCUGUUCCAAAUGCUGUUUUAAGGGAGGACAAUAAAAUUUUCUUAAAUGGGACAAAUAAAUCUAUUCAAGAUAAAUAUUCAAUAGAUGCUGUUGAUAGAGGAAAUUUAAAAUCAAAUAUCAAUCAAGUGAGAGGUGAUCCUGAUGGUUGUAAUUUAGACUCUUUGCCCUCAUCUUAUUGUGCAUCAACUUCCGAGUUCCUGGAUCAAAACACAGAGAAUAUAUUCUUAAAAAAGGGAUGGUUGGUGAAGCAAGAUGAAUGCAAAUGGAAUAAAUACUGGUUUGUGCUCCGAAAUUCUGCUCUUACAUUCUACAGUGAUCCAAUUGCUGAGGAUGCUGGUAUAUUGGAUGGAGUUGUAGAUCUCAGGAAAGUCAAAAGUGUUUCUGAAGUGCAAAGUAGCAGUGGACAUACAUUUUGUGUACUGAUGAAGGAUUUUUCAAAGCUUUACCUCUCAGCUGUAACUGCUAAGAUUCGAAACAACUGGAUAAGAGCUAUUCUUCAAGCUGCAAACCUGAAAUUCUUAACUACAGAAGACUGCCUAGCUAAAAAGAAACAAGACAGUGACAUAAAGUCAUUAGAAUCACCCAAAGAUAAAAAGUCAUUAAUGUAUCCCGACAGUUUGGUAUCAAGCUUAGAAUCCGAGAAAAGCUCAUCGAGUAAUGCUAGUUCUAAAACUAUUGUAGAAGAAGAAGAUCCAGACAGUAGGUUACAAGGUCACAAAUCUGUUGCACUCCCUCCAUCGCCUCCUUUAGCUAGGACUGCCAUAUCAAGAGUGAAAGAAAGAGCCAAGACUCGCUCAAAUUCUCGAACACGGAGUUCCAGGUUUAGAUCCAAUGAAAUACAUGAAUCAGAUCAUAAUUAUUUAGCAGAUAGUGAUGAUGGAACGACGGAUCAUUCUAGCUCAAGUAUUCCAAAUUCAAACACUAUUGCUAAAGAGAAAAAGAGUCCUAAGGAAAGUACCCUCAAGUUUUCAGAAGAAAAAAUCCGCCCUGAGCGUCGUCGUAGCUUUAAGCUAUCCAAUCUUGAUUCUACAUCAUUCCAAGAUGGCCGCAAAAAAGUGACAGAGAUAAAAGAUAAAUUAGAAGAUUCUUCGUGGACAAUAUGGCUUGACAUUUCAAAAUUUUGUAAGGAAGUUGAUUCAAGGUUAGAUGAUCUAGAAGAAAAAACACCAAAAAAUGGCCCACAUAUGAAUGGAGAGCAAAAGAAAGAAAUUGGAACUCUAGUAUCAAGCUUAGGGCGUGUAGAAGAACGAUUACACAAGGUCCAAAGUGAACUUGAAAAAGCCAAAGUAAACUUGUUGAUGAAUAACAAAGAUAAUGAGUUAGGUUUAAGUUCAAACAAAUCUGUAGGUUGUCACUCGUUGAAGCAAGAGGUUUCACGAUUGAACGGAAUUUCAUCUCAAAAUGUCCUUUUGGCUCAACAGUUGAACAAUGUUCGUGAAGAAAACAGGAGAUUGAAGUCAGAAGUAAAAACUGCACAUGCAUCUUCUGAUGACUUUGAACUUCAAUGUAUAUCUUUAAGGCAAGCUAGUGAUCAGUUUGACAAAAUACAUAAAUCCCAAAUGGAAUUGAUGGUAGCUAGAGUUGAUGAUCUAACAAGCAAACUUUUGGCAUCUGAAAAGAACGUCAGGCAAUUGCGACAAAGGGUGAUGAAAUUGGAGCAACGUCAAGAGCGCAGACGAAGCUCUUUGAAAGGAAAAGAAGCUCUUAGUUUGUCAAAGGAAUAUGAAUCUAAACUUUCAGAAUUGGAGCAAAAAAUUGAUGCUGUUGAAGGUGUGUUAAAAAGCUCCGAGCUGUCGCAAAACGAUUUCUCCAAAGAGAAAGAUGACGCUGUAAAAGAAUCCCAAAGUUUGCUUAUGCGUCUGCAUAACCUUGACAAAAAAGUCAAGGAUGUUGCAGACACGGUGAACUCACCUGUUGAAGAUCCAAGUGUUAAACAGGAAGAUAUUCCAAAACCUAAAAUACGGUUGCAAGUCAAUCUGAAUGAGAAUGCGCCUUCUCAAGACGCAGGCGAGGAUUGGAAUUCUUUGUCUUUAUCAGCUAGUAUGACGGAUUUAUCUAAUGCCGAUAAAGAUGAAGCUUACGAGGACGAUCCUCUCUUUUUGUCUUUCCAUGACUGUUUAGAAAGCCUUGGACAUAAAGUAACGUCAUUAAUAUCAUGGCUUAAGACUUCUUUGCAAUUGCUUUAUGCCCAAGAAAAUGUUAGUUCAUUUCAUUCAUCCAAAAUCAACUUCAUUAGCUCUGAAGCUAGUGAAGAACUGGGGAAACUUGUUUGCGCUCUUGAUCAUGUUACGGGUAAAACUGACGAGUCAUCUGUGUCUCCUCAUGAUGUUGGUUACAUUGUUAGUAAGUUGCUGUAUAAUAUAAUUCUCCUACAAGAAAUUACUAAUGUAAUUCACAAAAUGAGUGAUUUUGAAAAGUACAAAAAUGCAAUUUUAGUGCAGCAUUUGAGCAGAGUCAAGCAGGCGAUUUCAGGCAUUGAACAAUACAUUCAGCAAAAAUCUAAUCCAGUCCAUCCUAGUGUACAGAAAACAAGUUUGUGCAAUAUAAUUGCUUGUUUGCUUUUUUAUCGAAGUCCUGAAACUACAGUAGAAAUCUGUGAUGUCAAAAAUCUUUUUGAAGAGGUUGAUAAUCAGAGGCAAAAUAUAUGCAGAGUCUUGUGUGAAUUUAAAGAAAAAUUUAUCGAAAGGUUUUGUACCACUAUCUUAGAGCUUUCUGAGGAUUCUAUUACAGAUAGAGCAAAUAGUCAUAACUCAUCUGACCACAAAAAUGACUUAAGGCCACUGGGCCAGAAGCAGUUUCUUUCUCAUAUUAGUCAUAUAAUUUCACAGGUUUCCCAGUCAUUCAUAACACAUAUAUCAAAAUCAUUGAAUGAAGUCUACUUCUUGUGUUCUAGUUUCCAAUAUAGUGAAAAAUGGACUGAUUACAUUUGUAAGUUGUUGCAACAAGAACUUAGUCUUUUAUCAUCUGAAAUCAAAAGCAUAUGCAUAAAGCAUUUAGAGAACAACUUCUUUUCAAGCAGCAAAUGCGGUGUGCUCGUCGAGUACAUGCAUUGCUCCAUUUCCGAACUCGCUCAGAUUGUGUCUAUUGUCACGGUUGUAGAUGGAACUGUUAUUUUAAUCAAAGAUGCAAUUUAUUGUGAAAAUGAUAGGUUAAAGAAUAAUUCUCACAGUAAUAUUCCACCAAAAAUUGACAAAACAGUGCUGAAUACAUUCCAUGAGAGUCUGCAGCAUAGAACAAUGAGUAUUUUGUCCAAUCUUCCUCUGUACAGAUUCCCCAAUGCUUUUUUCAGUUUAUGUGAUCCAAAUGAACUGAAUGUAGCACACAGAAGUGUUUCUAGUCUUUUAUGCUUCAAACAGAAGUGGAAGUUAGCCGCUGAGAAUGAGCGCAAAGAACAUCAUUUUCAGUUAGAGAAAAUAUCCGCUAAACUAGCUGAACUCCAAGAGGAACAGAGAAGACGGUUGGAAGAGGGUUGUAAGUCUUGUAUUGAGCUUAGGCAGGAAGUUAGUUAUCUUCAAGCUGAGCUUGAUGAAAGCCGAACUCUUGCAAGAACUGGAAGUCUAUGCGAAAAGUGUAGAAACUUAAAAUUGGAAAUCCAGCAUUUAAUGGAACAACAUGAGAAAGACUUAACAGCUGUACAAAAACUAGAAGAUCAGGAAUUACUUUGGAAGCAACACAUGCAAGAAAUUGUUCAAGAAAAGGAAAAGCAAUUUAAUGAUGAAAAGAGAAAAUUAGAAAAAGAGUUGCAAAUGGCUCGAAGAAAUAUGAUUGAAAUAGAACAUCAGUAUAAUGAAGAAAUUCAGGGACUGCAGAAGAUGUAUGAAUUAAAAUUACAUCAAAAAAAUGAAGACAUUCAAGAAAACAGAAUUCAUUUGAAAUACAGUGAAGAAAUGGAACAGCUGAAGUCUUUGUGUGAAAAAGGUUUGGCAGCUAUGGAUGCUUCUCACAAAAAAAUCAUAUCUGAAUUAGAACUGAGGCACCAAAAAGAGUUGGAAGAUUUAAUGGCAGAAAGAGAGAAAGCAUUAGCUGAUGAGGCACAUGCAACUGCAAUAGCAUUGGAAGCUGUAAGAAAAGCUCAUUCUGAAGAGUUACAGAGGCAAGUACAAAAAUUUAAAGAAGAAUUUGUCCUUAAAAUGAACAAAAGGUUUGAAACUGAAGCAUUCAAGAAAUGUUAUGAGUCUGAUUUAUCUAGUGUAAAACAUGAAAUUCUUUCAAUGACAGAAAAAUAUUCAGUCAAGUGUUUAGAAAAUGCUACCUUACACGAAAAGUUGGAGGUGAUGACUCAACAACUUAAAACAACAACUACUCAAGUGGUUGAACUGCUAGCAAAAAAUCAGCAAUUACAGGCUCGCUUGACUUCUGGUAGCCUUCAGAAACAAGAAGAGUUGUUGUAAUUAAACUAUGAUCAAGUAGUAAAGAAAUGAUUGCUCUUGAAUUUAGGAUAUUUAGAAAUGCUUUGCAGUAGAUGACUUUCCAAGAAGUUAGCUUGGUUUGCUGCAUCUAUGAAGAUCAGGAACUUUCUACAUUUUAAUUUUUCAUUUGUAAUUUAAAUCAUGUUUCACUUGUUAAUUUGUAAUUUUGUAUCACUGAGAGAAGAAAAAGUUUCAUAUUUUAGAUUUUUAUUGGUUACAUUGUUGAAAUCAUUGAUUACUAUUUAUUUGAUUGCAAAACUUUUUUUGUCUUGAAAUUGCUUUUAUCCCACUAAAAUAGAAAUACCCCCCCCCCCUUGUCCUUAUGAAAAUAAUAAAUUAUUUUUGGAAAUAUUGUGUGAAGUAAAACUUCUAAAUGAAUUACAAUCUUUAAAUAAAAAGCCUCUAGUAAAAUACAUAUAAAUGAGAGUAUAAGUAAAAUAGCCUUACAUGCAGCAAAUUACCCCCUAUAACGCUAUCAUAAAGCAAGUUUUAUAAAUUAAACAUGCUCAUCCUAACACCAGUAAUAUAUUUUGUUGAAUAAAAUGUUAAAUAUUAAACUGAGCUCAUAUUCCAUGAGAGAUAUCCUACAGCAAAAAUGUUGAUAUAGACUUGUAUAUAUAUUAUUUGUAAUCUAGAAUAUGUUAUGUAAAUUAAACACUGUUAUAGAGUCAAAUGUUGUAUGUUUAUUAAAACAUUGACUGAUAGAGCUUAUGUUUAAUCAAGACUGAAUAUUUUCCGUUUAAUGAACCCUUUAUAUAUAUUACUGUUGAAACAUUUAGAAGAUGCUGCAAAAAAUAAUUUUUAUAUCUAAGAACUAUACUUAUUAUAUUGAUGCCUGAUAUUUUUACUAUCAAAUACAGAGAAAAUCUUAUCUAUACAGUAUACACAUGUAGAUAAUGUAUUAUAUUGUACAGUAAAGAAGAAAAAUAGCAAUAAUUUUCUCACGAAGCCAUACUUUCUUUAUAUUUUUGUAGUAAAUAAUUCUGUUCUGUCAGAGAAUUUAAUGAUUGUUACGUGCAGACUGUUGUUGGUUGUAUAUUUUAUAAAUUAAAGUCUUUAAUCUUUUUAGAAUAUGUUCAUAGAACUGAAGUACAAAAUAAAUAAAUAAAACUAUCUUAU